AUUUGGAAUUAAUAUAAAAGAGGAGAAAAUGGGUUGUAAUAAUUCAAAAUCAAAUUCAUCAUCAUCAUCAGGUUCAUCCCGAAAUAACAAGUUGAAUGUUCAUGGACAUGGUGAAGUGGUGGAGCAAAAAGUUACCUACAAAAUUCUUCUGUUAGGUGAUGCUGGCGUCGGAAAAACUUCUUUGGCAAUCAAGUGGGUUGAUGGAUCAUUCCAGGAAAAUUAUAUUGCAACUAUUGGUGUUGAUUUUAAAAAGAAGGAUGUUACAAUUGACAAUCAAAUGAUAAAGUUACAAAUUUGGGAUACAGCAGGUCAAGAAAGGUAUAAUACUAUUCAAGCUACUUAUUAUCGUGGAUGUGCUGGAGUGUUGGUUGUUUAUGACAUGACAGAUUCUGAAUCAUUCCAAAAUGUUCAAAAGUGGAUUACUAAUAUUGAAAAGAAUACUUCACCUCAAGAUGAUAUUACAGUAUUGCUUGUUGGUAAUAAGGCUGACUUGGCUGAUGAAAGAAUGGUUAAAACUGAAGAAGCCAAUGCAUUCUGUAAAAAUACUUCAUGUGUAGUGGAUAGAGUUUUUGAGGUUAGUGCCAAAUCAGGACAAAAUGUCAAUGAUGCUUUCAUGGCCCUCGUAGAAGCCAUUCACAAGAAGAAGAGGAAAUAAGCUCUCUCAAAUUUGUACAUUUAUAUUAUUAAACUAUUAUUAA